UGUUUCUUGAUCUUGACUGUCCUUUGUAGAGUAAAGAAAAUAGAAAUAUUAGAACAUCAGUACUGUCAGUGUAAAACAAUUCUCGCUUAGAACAUCUUCACUUGCUCUACAGAUACUUUGUUCAGUUGUUCAACGGCUUUUCUUGCUUUACAGAUAAUUGUGAUUUGCAAAACCUGAGUUUUCGUAACAGUGAGGCAAAUCAUCUCCAAAGCACCCGACAUAAGUGAAGCUUGAUUCUGAAAACCAUAUAAAUGUGCCAGCAAGAAAAUGCAAGGAAGUAGAAAAAGUAUAACCUCCUACCCUACUCAGCUCAAUUCGUCUAUCAAGUAUCAACUAACAGAUAAAUACAGGAUAUAAAAGUUGAGGCGAUGGAGAAGAAGCUUUACGAUGCAUGCGUGAAAGGCGAUGUGAAGGAAUUGGAGGCACUGAUGAGAGAAGAUGAACUCACUCUUGCUAGACUUUCAAUAUCUUCUUGCUUUAACCAAACACCCCUGCAUUUAGCUUCCAUGUUAGGUCACUUCGAAUUUGCCAAAUCUCUUCUUUUUUAUAAGCCUGACUUUGCUAGCAGGUCAGAUUCACAGGAUCGUUCUCCUCUUCAUGUGGCAUCAGCAAAUGGAUAUGCAAAUAUCGUUAAACUAUUGUUAGAGUACGAUCAGGAAAUGUGCCAAGUUCGUGAUGAGGAUGGAAGGACUCCCCUUCAUUUGGCUGUAAUGAAUGGUCAACAUGACUCUGUUAUGGAGCUGAUAAAAGUGACUUCCGGAUCAUGUGGUGAAGAAGGGACGGUACUGCAUUUGUGUGUUAUGUAUAAUCGUUUGAAUCUUCUCGUUCGUUUGUUAGAAUUGAACGACCACGAUUUGCCAAACAUUAAAGAUGCCAAUGGCAACACUAUUCUACACUCUGCAGCAGCUUUAAGACGAAUGCAGAUAAUAAAAUACCUGAUCACGAGUAGAAGUAAAGUGGACGUGAAUUCAGUAAAUAAAAAUGGCCUCACAGCUUUUGACAUAAUAGACCAAAUGCCUAAAGAUGUGAACACUAUGGAAAUCAAGGAGCUUCUUUUCUCAGCCAGUAGAUCCAGAACCAAAGAAAUUAAAGAAGCAGCAAAAACGAACGGUCUCCAGGCUCCAAGGGUAGGCCGCGCAUCUGGAGCUGAAAAUAAAACAGAGGAAGUAUCAGCAGUAGCAAGUGACAGCAAUUUCAAGCCAGCUAAGAUGUGGCAGAAGGUGAAAACUUCCAUCUUUCAAAAUAAAAAGGAAAAGAUAGACGAUUCGAUACUGGUAGCAGCAACUUUGAUAGCUGCCAUGGCUUACCAAGCAGCUAUUAGCCCUCCAGGUGGUGUCGCUGGAUUGGAUGCCUCGGAAAAUUCACUUCGUUCUAAAACAUAUGAUCUUGGACCUGCCGAGUCCUUUCUAGCGUACUUUCACCCAAAAUUGAGUAACAUAUUUUGGAUAUCUAACACCAUCUCGUUCACGGCUUCACUGAGUGUGACAUUUUUAUAUAUCAGUGGCGCAAAACUGAAACGAAGGAUUUUUAUUUGGCUUAUAAGGGCGGCCAUGUGGAUGACUCUUACCUCAAUGACCGUGGCCUAUACAUGUGCAGUUCAAGCCACUUCUGGAGGAUACAAGCAGAGCCAUACAAUUUAUGCACUAUUCAUAGCACAAUACGUAUGGACCGGUUUGAUUCUGCUUUCGUUCUUAGUUCUUGUUUAUCGCUCAGUCCGCUACGUAGUGAGAAAUAAAAGGGCUACCAGGAAGAAGGAUAUCAGGGAAGCUGCCACUUUCUUCAGAACCCCGAACACUGAUAUCAUCUGAUACAAAUAACUGAUUUGCUAUCUGAGUCCACUUCACAUUUGAACCACUUACUCUAUCUAGCUAGGUUCCUUGCCUUUCUAUAUGAUAUAAAUUGUAUCUUUCAUUUUUAUUCUGCAAUCGAUCCACUUAUUAUCCUUAAU